AUGCUUUCCUCCUACAACGCUUAUAAGCGUCGGCAACGUGAGUUUUUGAGAGGGAAACUGGUUUUUUAGGGUUAAAAAACAAUUUUAAGAGUAAUUGGUGAUUUUUUGGUUGAAAGGGCGGUUGGAUAGUGUGAUUUUCAACUAGGGAACGUUUUUCAAUCCCCCCCCCCCUGGUUGAAUUUGAGGGGGGGGGGCGGGGACUUUGCUAAAGUGAACCCUAGGACCUCCUGAUUCCACAACAAGAAGAAAAUUUCUAGCAAUAAAUCUGAUUUUCUCGCUUAGACCUUUCAGAAGCUUGAAAAAGCGCCUUUUGUAGUAAUUAGCUUAUUUUCCGAACUUUAAAGCUUCAUAAACCAAAAAAAAAAUUUUUUUCAGAUUUCAAGGUCCCAAAUUUCAUCAAAAGUUGGACAAGAGGCUAAAAAAGUUCCCUAGUUCAAAAAAAGGGUCGAAAAGUUGAUCCAAAAACUGCAAAGUAUGUUUAUGGGCAGGUCCUGGGGUUAUUGCGUCAUCCGGAGCAUCGUAUAUCAUUUCUGGAGUGGCCUUGGUAGUGGUUGUUGGUUGUGAAAGUUGAUCUGAGGGGUAGGGAUCACUUGAGCGUCUUAUUUGCGGAGAAGUUGAAUGGAAACCGAGGUUUUGGCUUACAAAUUCUUGAUAAAAUUUUAUUUGCAACCUGGAAAGUUACUUGCAAACUUCAAUAAACAUCAUAAAAACACAGGGAAAUGAUCAGUUUUAAUUUUUAAAUCAUUUUUUUAAAGUAUCCAUCAGUCAACAUCGAGAGAAAAGCCAAUGUACAAUAAAAAAAUAGAAAAAAAUUGUGUUUCCUGAUUCAAGUUUAUUUUAUAAAGAAAAAAAAUCGUCAUUAGAUAGCAUUCUCAGCUUUUUCCAAAAUUAAAAAAAUUUUUAAGAAAAUUUUUUUCUUGGAAUAUUGUUUCGAAUAGAGUUGAGUUGGUUUUUUUUCGCUCCUUUUGAGGUUUUCUGAAUGAUAUUUUCUUUCUUUUCCUAGAGUUUCAAGCUUAAAACACCGUUCAAGAUGCAGUAAAUGCAGUUUUUUUCAACCAUUGACCGAAUGAAGAAAUGUGUUGUUUUUUUUUUCCUGGAGCGUUUAAAGGAGCAUAAAAAGUUUCUAUGAAAGCCCUGAGAAGUUAAUUUUUUAAAUUUUUAUGAGAUUAGGCAGGACUUUAACGUCUUGUCAGUGAUUUCUGAACAGAAGAACCCAGUUUCAUUUUUUUUUUUCCAGAAUCAGCGGAAUGGCAGCUGGACGAGCUACUGGAAGAGCUUGAGGCCCUGGAAACCCAGCUGAACACCUCCAACGGCGGUGAUCAACUCCUGCUCGGGAUGUCGUCCGCCUUGCCGACCUCCUCCUCGGCCCAUGAUCAACUCCUGCGCGCCAAGGACUCGGCUGUCAGCAAGCCGGUUGCCCAUCAUCAUCAUCACCAGGUGAGGAUUCGAUGAGUGACAUCUCAGUUUCGGAAUAUGACCCGGUCUCGACGAGUAAUUGGAAAGGGAAGGAGCCGGGGCCGCGGUCCGAACAAUGGCCCAGAGUAAACAACCGAAGCAAGAAGCAGAUUGCAUAUUAGCAUAUAUACAGACCGAGUGUGGAGCUCUUUGCCCAACCCCGAUUGGUUCCAAGAGGACUCGACAGGUCAAAGACACAUAUGUCCCUUGGAGUUGCUCUUUUGAGGGUUGUCCAACUUGGGUUUUGAGAGGUUUUCGACCAUAAAAUGGUUUCUGGGUCUUGUGAUUCGCCAAAAAGUUGAUCUUGGAAGGUUUUGGACCGUGUAUGGGGGAACUCCUCAAGUAGCUCUUUCAGGAGCUUCCAAAUUUGGGGUUUUGGAGUAUUUUUGGACCAAAAAUUAGAGUUUUUGGGGCUCUAUUCGAUUUUCUUAAAGAUUUUGAAGACAAAAAUUGAUCUUGAAAGAUUUUGGAUCGUAUAUGAGAUAACCUCUCGAGUAGAACUUUGAGUAAACUUUCUUUUGAGAGUAUUCCGACCACAUAUUAGAGUUCUUGGGGUUCUAUUCGACUUUAUUAAAGAUUUUGAAGACAAAAAUUGAUCUUGGAAGGUUUUGGACCGUGCGUGGGAGAUCGCCUCGAGUAGAACUUCGAGUAAACUUUAGUUUUGAGAUGGUUUUGAUCACAAGUUAGAGUUUUCAGGGUUUCAUUCAAGAUUAUUAGCGCUUUUAAAGACGAAAUUUGAUCUUGGAAGACUCCAGAUCGUUUUGUGAAAAUUCCACUGGAAGAGCUCCUUCAAGGAUUAUCAAAUUUGGAUUUUGGACCACAAAUUAGAGUUCUUAGGGUUUCAUUUAAGAUUAUUAGUGCUUUUGAAGACGAAAUUUCAUCUUGGAAGACUUCAGAUGGUUUUUGAGAAUCCUACUAGAAAGCUCUUUCUGGGUUUGUUGAGUUGUCAAACUUGGGUGUCGAGAGGUUUUGGAUCAUAAUUUGGAGUUCUGCGGUUUUACUGUUUUAUUAACGCUUUUACAGACCAAGUUUGUUCUUGGAAAAUUUCGAAUCGUGUCUGGUCCACUUCUGAAGUCUUUUUACAGAUUCCUAUGUUUUUUCCGGAGAUCUGAACUUUUUUUCCUUUCAAAGUUCAUCCAACAAAACAGCUAUUUCUAAAUCAAAAAGUCUUAUUUUAGCGUUUUUAUAGAGAUCAUUUAUUGAUUUUUGGACGUUUAGAAUCAAUCAAUAAGUUUUUUUAAAAAGUAGAUUGGACCUGUUAAAUACACAAAAAUAGUUUCUUGACUUUGGGUCUUUCCAAAAAUUUAUAUCUAAAAUAUCCUAUUUUGGAGCUUUUAGCCGAAUUUUGAAGUUUUUUCUUACCUUCUGAGCUUUUUUUGAGACAGAAAACAAUAAUUUCAUAGUUUUUGUAGCUGGACCGUUUUUUUUUGCAUCCUUCAAUAAUUGGGAAUAUUUUUAAUAACUAAUUUUCUCAGACUCCCACAAUUUUUGUCGAAGAUCAUGCAAUUGGAAACGAUGAACAGAGCUUAUUUAUCACACAAAAAUGAGAAAUCAAAGACUUUAGUAGUUGUAAAGAAACCUCGUAAGAGGACUAUGACUAUUUUAGCUCAAAAAGGGCCUAUUUGACUCAUUUUUUUGAUUUUGCAGCAGCCAGCGACGUCGACGUGUUCAUCCCCAGAUGGGGACAGCGCUUUUGGCGAUUCUUCUUCAACCGAAUCGGCCAGGUUAUUCAUAAACUCCCAAUUUUAAAAUGGAUACGAAACAAUUUUCGACCAUGUUCUCGCAAUUUAGGUUUGACUUGAAUCCGGAAUCAUUUUACGGAAUGUUUUUCCGAGUUUUCCCCCUAUUCUCGAUGCUUUAAUGAAGAUUAAAGGCUGUAUCGAGAUCCUAACGCGUUUUUUUAAAUAAUACUGACUGGAAAAUAUAUCAGUUUACUGUAAUUGAUUACUUAUUGAAUUUAUUUUUUUCAAAAAAAUGAUCCAUUCAAAUUAUAUCAAUCGUAUUUUUUUCGAAAAACUGAUAUUUUUCCUAUUAUUAAUUUUUUUUUUCAAAAAGUGAUCCUUUCCAGCUUUUUCAAUCAAUUACUUAAAAAAGAGCCCUUUCCAGCUUUUUUAACGUUUAUUUUCAACAACCUCAUCUUUUCUACUUUUUCUGUAGUCUGUUCAGAUUUUGAAUUUCAAUUCCUCGCUCAAGCUCCGCCCCUAAUGGCCCGAUAAACCAAUCAGAGAGCGAGCCAUCCACAGAGCGUUUUUCGAAUGACGUCAUUCUACUUGACAUUCAAAAUCUGAACAGACUAUAUCAUUCUAUUUUUUUUAAAAAAAGGUCCAUUUUAGAUUUUCCCAUCAUUUAUUUUUUUAAAUCUCAACCUUUCCAGCUUUUUCCCUUGAUAAUAUCUUCAUAGAAAAAUCCAUGUCAAACUAUUUUACCUGUUGAUUUUUUCCCAGCUUCAAUCAUUCAUAUCUCAAAAACUGAUCGAUUGCAGAUGCCGCGACUCCUCGGCCUUCUCGUCCAACGAAUCCUGCCGAGACUCACUGAACACACCGAGCCCGACGCAGGUACAUCCAUUUGGAUAAUAUUGUUGGCCCUCGGGAUUAGGUCGGCGGACAACAGAGUAGAAAUCGUAAUCCUCCGAGGACAGCAGACGCGUCGCGCGAAAAACCCUUUCUCUCUUGGUUUCUGCUGUGUAAUAAUUGACCAGUCUUUUUGAUGUUUGGAACGCCGCCAACAACCGUGUAAACUAUACUUGUCGAGUGGGGGCAUCUGGCGGGGUCUGUUUAGAGGGAGGGCGCGCCUUUUUGAGAGGGUGAGGUCAGAUUGGCACCGGAAGAAUGGCACAUCUCAAGUUACUAUUGUUAGGGGGAUACGAGGAAGUUUAUGCAACCUUAUUGGUCUGUUCGAAAGUUCUAGAAGUGCAGAAGUCAUUAUUCAACAGAGAAGUUUAAAAAUCAGUGAAAAUCUCGGAGAAUUUUGGUAAAGUUUUGAACCUUGAAAUAAUCAAAAUAAUAAAGAAUCAUUGAGUUACGAACUAAGAGUUCUUGGAAUGAUUAAAAGAACAAUUUUAAUUCGAAUCGAUUUUUCUUGACUUUGAAAAAAAUGUUUUUUUGAUGGAAAUUUCAAGAUCUAGUAAAGUUUUUUGAAUUUGAAUUUUUGUUUCCAAAGAUUUUUUUACUGUUAUCUACGUGUUUCAAUAAGAAGUUGUUAAUCAUUUUUUUUUCACAUCGCAAAAACUGUCAAACAACUUAGAAUAAAUACGGCAUGUUUUAUAUUUCCAGUGAAGCGUAUCAAAAUGAGGAGAAAAUUGCUUUCAGAAAUUUUUUACAUUGAAGAGAAUCUGAAAAAAACGCUUCAUGGAGCUAUGAUUUUCUUUUUUUUUUCAAAUUUGGAACGAUCAAAUUGAACUUUUGAAUUUUCCUUAUAGGGUUAUUAAAAUAAAAAAACGAGAUACAAAGCGAAAAAUAACCCCCCGCCCCGCGCAAAUUUUUAUGCGACAGCCGUUCAACCUCGAACAAUACCUUUACCUUCACCUUUUACCUAGGCGAGUUUUGUUUCGGGCUCGGGAGAAUACAAUAGACGAUUAUUCAAACGCGGGUUGCGCAACGGGGCCACACGGUAAUUGACGCAAAUGUCGCUCCCAUGGCCAGAUGCUCACCGUUCGGGUGACGUCAUAUAGAAGAGAGCGACUUCUGAAUCAGAAGACGAUGACGUGGACCUGAUGACGUGGAGACUUUUUUCAGACGUCGCCCAGGAAUGGGGAACUCAGCGCCGACGAGCUCAAGGCCCAACGCAUUCGGCUGGCUCUCGAGAAGAUGAAGGAGGCCAAGGUAAUUUUCUUGGGGUUUUUUUGAGAUUUUUGGGGGGAAACUCUUGGGGCCACUUAAGAGGUUUCUCGAGGACUACUUAGAAAAAACACUAGAGUGACUGCUUACCCAUAAAGAAGCCGCUUUUCGUGUCUGAGUGGCCACUCUAGUAGUUUGCAGUGGUCUUAGACUUCUAAAGUGACCACUACGUUUUAGACACUCAAGUGGCCACUAAAACGACCUCUAUAAAAGCCACUAUUUUGCGUCUUAAUGGCCACUUUAUUAGUUUGAAGUGGUCUAGUAGUACUUCUCAAACUCCUAAAGUGACCACUAAAACAACCUCUAUAGAAGCCGCUGGCCCUUGUGCCUUAGUGGCCACUGUAGUAGUGCCUCAAGAACUGCUGGCGAAGAGCACUAGAAAGACCGCUUAAAACACCUCUAAAGGAGCUACUAAAACCACCUCUAUAAAAGCCACUAUUUUGCAUCUUAGUGGCCACUAUAGUAAUUUUAUUGAUGUAAUAGUACCACUUAGACUUCUAAAGAGGUCCCUAAACUUAAGCCACUCAAGGGGCCAAUACGAGAACACUAAAGUGGCCCCUAAAACCGCCUUUAUAGAAGCCACUGCUUUGCGUCUUAGUGGCCACUAUAGUAGCUUUGGCCACUUAAGAGGUUUCUCGAGAAUCACUUGGAAAGAGCACUAGAGUGACCAAUUAAACGAACCCUUAAGAAGCCACUAUUUUGUGUCUUAGUGGCCACUAUAGCAGUUUCAGUGAUCAAGUAAUACCACAUAGAUUUCUCAAGAGGCCACUAAGUUUAAGCCACUUAAGUGGCCACUCAUAUAUUUUCUCAAGUUUUGAGAGCUUCUGGAAUUUUAAAAAGUUUCAAAAUGUUCUUGAAAAUCAAUUUUUUGCUCUAAAAUCGCUUCAAAAUACUGAAAUUAGAUAAUUUUUUUUUAUUUUUGGAGCACUUUUUUCUAAUGUAACUUUCUUCCGACUUUUUUUUCCAAAGGAAAGCUAAUAAUCAAUCUAAUGGACUUGAUUAAGGUGGCCCGGAUAUUGGUGAAGUUUUUCGGAGAAGGCGGCGUCCCGCUGCAAUUACUCAUCGACGAGCGAUGGACUGUGGCCGAGGUUCGUUUUUUCCCCGAGCAAAACGUUAUCGGAUGGAAAUCGACGACGAUUCAUCUCCUCUUGCAGACUCUCAGACAACUCGCCGAUAAGAACCACAUGACGCUCAUGGAGGACCAUUGCAUCGUCGAGGAGUUCCCCGACUUGCACAUUCGUUCGUUUUUCUCUUGAUUUAUGGUGAUAAGAGGGGGGAGAAGCUUUGAAGAGAAGUUGGACAGUUUCAUUUUUUGAGAAUCUCAGAGAAUCUUGGACAUGAAAUUGAAGAAAAAUCAGACAGGAGAUUGAAAAAUUAGGCAGUUUCAUAGGAAAAGUUAGGAAAUCGCGCUGCUCUGACUAUUAGGAAAGUUGGAUAGAAAAUUCAAGAUUAGAAAUUUUUCAGAAGAGUCCCAGAAGUUCUACAAAAAAAUCUGAAAAUAUUGCUCAAGGGGGGCGGGAACAAAAAUUGGACAGUUUCAAAUGUUGAGAAGCUCAGAAAAUCUACAUAGACAAGUUCGACGUAAAAUUGAACAAAAUUUCAAGUUGGAGAGAAAAUUUAGUUUUUUCUUAAAGUUUUUUUCUGAUAAUACCAGAAUCCCGUUUUUUUAAGUUAAAUUUAUUAUUUUUUUGUAGACUUAGAGAUGUACAAUAUUAGUUUUUAUUCGCACUCUUUGAUAAUAUGAUAAUUUUGAAACAGCAAACUCAAGAAAAGUUUCAACAACUUUUGAAUUUUGUCCGUGAAAAUCAAUAAACUUGGCCUUUCUGCAAGUUUCUUGCAAUAAUUAGGGAAUUUUCUGAAGUCAGGAAAUUUCAGAACGAGUUUACGAAGACCAUGAGAACGUCGUGGAGAACAUCAGCAUGUGGGUGCAAGAUUCGCCCAACAAAUUGCAUUUCAUCCGCCGGCCCGACAAAUAUUCCUUCAUUUGUCAGUUUUUCCUUGAUUUUCAAUAACGCUUUUUCCUGUUACAGACCGACCCGAAAUGUAUUUGGUCACCGAGAAGACGUCCCACAUCGAGGUUCCCUCGGGAACGGUUUGGAAACAAGACGUCAAGCAGAAGUUUGUCAGGGUGAGGAAGUUUUUUUGAUUUUUGUCGAGAAAUGACUUUACUGUUUCUUGUUAAAUAUAUAUAAGAAAGCUUAGAAAGGUCAUGGCGGAAAAUAUAGCAAAGGCAAAUAAAAAUAUGUAUGCUCAUAUUUCUAGGAAAAUUUUUUUAGUGGCCACUUUAGGGUUUCGUCGGUUUAGUGGCCACUAUAGUAGUCGAUUUAGUAGCCAUUUGAGGGGCUAAAAUUUUGAGACCUCUUUAGAAAUAUAAGGGAUACUACUAAAAACUGCUAUAGUGGCCACUAAGACGCAAAAGAGUAUAGAGGCGGUUUUAGUGGCCACUUUAGUGUUCUCUCAAAAUAAUCCUUCAGGAACCUCUUAAGUGGCCACUUUUUCCAAGUUUUUUGAAGGAAGUAUAGUUUUAAUAAAACUCUCUCAAGCUCCGCCCCCAAAUCAGAGAGCCUUUUUGAAUGACGUCAUUUUACUUGAAAUUCAAAGUUUGACCAGACUAUACCUCACUUUGCUUUUUCAAGAAAAGAACAAAUUUUUGUGGAAGGUCAAUUGAUCGGUACUUCUACGUUGUGCUACAAGAAAUUUUUCUCAAAGUUUUCCUGUACCUUUAUAAAUUCCAACCUUUCCAGGAAUUCUUCACCAACGAAACGGUGGUACCGCCCUGAACUGGAAGGCUUCCUUUACCUCAAAUCCGACGGAAGAAAAAGCUGGAAAAAGCAUUUUUUCAUCCUGAGACCCAGUGGAUUGUACUACUCACCUAAGGGGAAGAAGUGAGAUUUUUCAGAUUUUUCGGAUAAAAAUCAAUAAUUCCAAGGGCCUCGAAGGACCUGACCUGCCUGAUGAGCAUGCACUCGAGCCAAAUCUACACCGGAAUCAAUUGGGAGAAAAAGUACAAGUCGCCGACUCCUUGGUGUAUUUCUAUCAAGGUUCUAGGAUUUUCGAGAAAAAGAAAAUGAAUAUUUUUUAGUUGACGAAGCUGCAAAUCAAGAACUCGCAGUACAUCAAGUACAUCUGUGCGGACGAUGAGCUGACUUUUCAGGAAAUGGGUCGCCGCUUUGAGGAUAGCCAAGGUGAGGAGAAUUCAGAAAAUGGCAGAAUGGUCCCUAGAGGGGAUUGGGAAAACAGCCUUUCUUAG